AUGGCUUCAAAAAUAGGUUUAACGAAAUAUAACUUGAAGAAUAUUAAGGACAAUUUCGCCGAGGACAGCGUAAAACUAAAAUGUGUAAGGGACAAAAUAUACGAACUGGAAUUAAUAAAAACCAAACGUAAACUUUUUGGUAAAGAAGUGCGGAAGGCGAAGCGACAACAUUGGUACAGGGAACAAAAUAAUCUUCAAGAGCUUACUUCAAAGAACCGUCCCGAUCUCUGGGAAGAAUUUGGUAAAAUUGGCAUAGGGGCGAAGCGAACAUCCAUUCCCAUGGAAAUAAUUAAUGAAAAUGGUGAUAUAAGUGACAAUGUGGAUCAGAUAUGA